UUUUCUAGGAGUCAAUAUAGCCAGACAAGGAGAGGCCGUGCAAAGCUCCACUUACCUUUCUUCAUACCCUGCCAAGUUAGCAAUUGAUGGCAUUUUACAGACUGAUCUUUCCAUUCGCCCCUGUGCCCGCACUAAUAAUGACAAUCCAGCUUGGUGGAUAGUGGAUCUGAAGGCAAAGUAUGAAAUAGAGUUUGUGGUCAUAAGGAACUGGUUGGAUAAUAGCAGAAACCGCCAGAAAACCAUCAAUAUUUAUAUUGGAAAUCUACCAGAUAAUUCAAAUCCAGCUUAUGCUGUGAGAUGUUCUGGCACACUGGAGGACCAGUGCAUUUAUGAAUGGUGUGAUCGCAUCACUGACUUUGAGCAAGACUCCAUUGCUUCAUACUGCAAAGGGAUGAAGGGUCGGUAUGUGCGUUUGGAGACAACUUGGGCCCAGCAACCGCUCAUACUCUGUGAAGUGGAGGUUUAUGGGGAGAAGGUUCCCGAUAACAGAGGAGUGAAUCUGGCGAGGUGGGGAGAAGCCCAUCAAAGCUCCAUUGUGUAUUCUGGCAACAGGGCUUUGCAGGCCAUCGAUGGCAUUCACUUGCCUGAUAGACACCAUUGUGCCCUCACUGGUUAUGACAAUCCCGCUUGGUGGCGGUUGGACCUGAAGAAGAGAUACAAGGUGCACACAGUGAUCGUAGUGAACAGGAUCGAUGGAAACCGUGAGAGACUGAUGGGAGCUGAGAUUCGAGUUGGAGAUGCAGUCGAUAAUAACAACCCCGUGUGUGGAACCAUCACUAAAGGCGCUGAAGCCAUUAUCACCUUGUCCUGUGGAGGAAUGGAGGGUCGCUAUGUGAGUGUGGUUAUUCCCGGGAGAGAGGAAUAUCUCGAUCUCUGUGAAGUGGAGGUUUAUGGGGAGGAAUCGACUGGUUAUAAAGAUCUUCAGGCAAGAUCAGGGGACAUCAGGCAGAGCUCUGUGUAUAGAGCAGAACACAGAGGCCAAGACACAAGCCCCCUCGUCCCCCCAUGUACUCGCACUGGUUAUGACAAUCCCGCUUGGUGGCAGUUGGACCUGAAGAAGAGAUACAAGGUGCACACAGUGAUCAUAGAGAACAGAAUGGAUGAAUACAGUGAGCGCCUGUUGGGAGCGGAGAUUCGUAUUGGAGAUUUAGUGGAUAAUAACAACACAGUAUGCAGAAACAUCACAGACGUCUCACAAGCCAACAUCACUCUGUACUGUAAUGGGAUGGAGGGUCGCUAUGUGAGUGUGGUUAUUCCCGGGCGCAGACAAUAUCUCCAGCUCUGUGAAGUGGAGGUUUAUGGGGAGGAAUCUAUAAAUCAGGAAGGAAUAAACCUGGCAAGAUCAGGAGAAGUCAGCCAAAGCUCCACAAGAAGCCCUGAAUAUGGAGCAGAAAGAGCCAUCGAUGGCAAUAAAGACACAAACAACUACUCACAGCCCUGUACCCAGACAAAGAAGGACAGUACACCUUGGUGGCAGCUGGACCUGAUGAGAACCUACAGGAUUGGGGCCAUACUCAUAGUGAGCAGGGGGGACCUGCUAUUAGGAGCUGAGAUACGUGUUGGAGAUUCAAUAUAUAGGAAUAACCCGAAAUGCGCCACCAUCACUGAGAUCUUCCAAGAUGCCACCACUGUCUAUUGUUAUGGGAUGGAGGGACGUUACGUCAGUGUGAUCCUUCCCAAGCGCUCAGAGUCUCUCUCACUUUGUGAAGUGCAGGUCUAUGGCAGCUGGCCUUACACUGGGCACUAAAUUAUUCUGUUUGUCCCUUACUUAUCGUUAAGGUUGUUUGCAUAUAAUAACAGAUCCUUCUGACACAAGUAGUUAUACAAAGAACUGGCUUUUAUCAUAAUAAACAAACCCUGGUUUAA